CCUCUGUUAGGUCGCCACAUGCGGCUCUCCAGUGGCUCUGGGUUCAUCGUGUCCCACUCAGGUGUGAUUGUGACCAACGCUCAUGUGGUAACCACAGCUGCCUUGGUGACAGGCAGGCCACAGCUGCGUGUUCAGCUCCACGACGGAGAUGCAUAUGAAGCCGUGGUGAAAGACAUAGACAGGAAGGCAGACAUUGCUACAAUCAAGGUCAAUCCACAGCAGAAGAAACUUCGCGUGCUGUCUCUGGGCAGUUCGGCUGAUCUGAGGCCAGGAGAGUUUGUGGUUGCCAUUGGCAGCCCUUUCGCCCUGCAGAACACUGUCACCACCGGCAUCGUCAGCACUACACAAAGAGAUGGCAAAGAGCUGGGCAUAAAGGACUCAGACAUGGACUACAUCCAAACUGAUGCUAUUAUUAACUACGGCAAUUCGGGAGGACCUCUUGUUAACUUGGAUGGUGAGGUGAUUGGAAUCAACACUCUUAAAGUGACAGCAGGAAUUUCCUUCGCUAUACCGGCAGACCGCAUCAGCCGCUUUCUCUCAGAGUCACAGAUUAAACACAAGAAAGAUGAAAAGAGACAGCAGAAAAGAAAAAUGGACAAACCACAGUCUGAUGCAGACGCGUCCCUAGUUAAGAGACAUUUUUUAGGCAUCUGGAUGGUCACCAUCACCAAAGCUCUUGUCGAAGAGUUGCGACUUCAUAACCCAGACUUCCCCGACAUCAGUAGUGGAGUUUUGGUGCGGCAGGUCAUACCUAACACUCCAGCAGAAAAAGGAGGGAUUAGGGAAGGUGACGUUAUAGUGAAGUUGAAUGCAAAGCCAGUCAGGACCACUGAAGACAUCCAUGAGGUGUUGCAGAGCGACCAGCCACUCCUACUUGAGAUUCGCAGAGGGAACGAUGACUUACUCUUCAAUAUCCACCCACAGCUUUUGGUACAUUGAAAACUGGGAGAAUUGAUAUCUUUUAGUUGUGAAGAGGCAGGACUCAAUAUGUCCAGUGCUGAUUUCUUAUUAAAACAAGAGAACGGAAAAGAGCAGUUCCUUUCCCAACUAGCCUGAUGAUGUAUGCUUUGGUAGAGUUUGAAAUACUGUAGUUUAACACAGACUUCAAAAUACAGCUCAGUAGAAUCCAUUGCACUGUAUAUUUAAGGCGCUUUAGAAUAAAAGCUUAGAAGAA